AUGGUGGGUGCAAAAGCGGUCACAAGUCCCCACACCUCCCUCCGCCUGGCACCGCAACGCAGGGGAGUCAGCAGUGUCAUAGUGAGUCCUCCCUUCUAUCAGGUGUCCUGCUGUGAGCCUGUUCCCUGUACCUGCUGCUGCCCUUCGAGGUGGCCCCCUCUCACAGAGCCUCCCUGUAGCCGCCUGUUCUACAUCCUCCUCCACGUGGGGACCUCAGCAGUCUGCUGCCUCCUGCUGUCAAGGACAGUGGUGGAAAGAGUCUGGGGCAAGGCACAUGGGAUCCAGAUGCCCUCAGGGCUGUGUACCCAUCUGUUUGGCCACUCUCACUGCCCAGUGCUGAGCGGCUCUGGGGCUGUAUACCGCAUAUGUGCAGGAACUGCCACCUUCCACCUGCUGCAGGCUGUGCUGCUGAUCGACCUCCACUCCCGCAACAGCCUAAGAGCACAGCUACAUAAUAGUUUCUGGCUCCUCAAGCUGCUAUUCUUGCUAGGUCUCUGUGCUGUUGCCUUCUGCAUCCCUGAUGAGCAUCUCUUUCCAGCCUGGCAUUACAUUGGAAUAUGUGGCGGCUUCACGUUCAUCCUGCUGCAGUUGGUGCUUAUAACUGCCUUUGCUCAUUCCUGGAACAAGAACUGGCAAAUGGGUGCAGCCCAAGACUGCCGCUGGUUCCUGGCUGUGCUGCUGACCACCCUGGGAUUCUACAGCAUGGCGGGUGCAGCAGCCGCACUCCUGUUCCACCACUACACGCACCCAGCUGGCUGCCUGCUCAACAAGAUGCUGCUUAGUCUGCACCUUUGCUUCUGCGGCCUCCUCUCCUUCCUCUCCAUCGCUCCCUGCAUCCGCCUCAAGCAACCUCGCUCUGGCCUUCUACAAGCCUCUAUCAUCAGCUGCUAUAUCAUGUACCUGACAUUCUCUGCACUAUCCAGCCGUCCUCCAGAGAAGGUAAUCGUUCAAGGACAGAAUCACACUCUGUGCCUGCCUGGCCCGAGUGAAAUGGAAUCCCAUACACCAGAUACUUCUCUGGCAAUGAUGAGUGCUGGCAUCAUGUAUGCUUGCGUGCUUUUUGCUUGCAACGAGGCUUCUUACCUGGCUGAGGUAUUUGGGCCCUUGUGGAUCGUCAAGGUUUACAGCUAUGAGUUCCAGAAGCCCUCACUCUGCUUCUGCUGCCCUGAAACAGUGGCACCAGAGGAAGGGCCAAGAGGUGUGGCUGCGAGACCAGCUGACCAAGAGACCUCUCCAGCUCCUCCAAUGCAAGUCCAGCAGCUUUCCUACAGCUAUUCUGCUUUCCACUUCGUCUUCUUCCUUGCAUCUCUUUAUGUCAUGGUUACCCUCACCAACUGGUUCAGCUAUGAGGGAGCAGAGCUGGAAAAGACCUUCAUCACAGGUAGCUGGGCUACCUUCUGGGUCAAGGCUGCCUCAUGCUGGGCCUGUGUACUCCUCUAUCUGGGGCUGCUACUAGCACCAUUCUGUCGGUCCCCAACCCCGGACCCCCAGCAUCCUCUCUUCAGGCGACACCGUCAUCGUGUCAGUAUUGCCAAAUGA